CCAGGGCUACACCCCCAAGCAGGAGGCAGCCGGCAGCCUAGAGAGCAACCCCAAACCAAGGACACCUGCUGCGGGGGACGCUGCCUGCAGCCCAGUGAUCCGGGCCUGGCGUGACCUCGCUAUGUGCGAUUUCGCAAAGCGUGCCUUGGAGCUGCCGGCUAUCUGGGAACGCAUUCUGGAGGUCUGGGAAGCCAUUGAACACCUGGGUCCCCUGUGAUCUUGAACCAGUAGCAGCUGCCAGUCCCACCCCAGACAACAGCUCUUCACGAGGAAACCACAGCAAGCACCAGGGCAGCACCAUGUUCUGCACAAAGCUCAAAGAUCUCAAGAUCACAGGCGAGUGUCCUUUCUCCCUGCUGGCCCCAGGUCAGGUUCCUCAGGAGUCCACAGAAAAGAUGGCCGGAAGCUCAGAAAGCUGCAAGACAACUUUACCCAUCUGCCAGGACAUCCCUGAGAAGAGUGCACAGGGGAAUCUGCCUCAAAGAAAGACCAGCCGGAGCAGAGUCUAUCUUCACACACUGGCAGAGAGUAUUUGCAAACUGAUUUUCCCAGGGUUUGAACAGCUGAACCUUGCACUCCAGAGAACAUUGGCAAAACAUAAAAUAAAAGAAAGCAGGAAACCCUUGGAGAGAGAAGACUUUGAAAAAACAAUUGCCGAACAAGCAAUUGCAGCAGGGGUUCCAGUGGAAAUCCUCAAAGCAUCUCUGGGAGAAGAGUUAUUCAAGCUGUGUUAUGAGGAAGACCAGCAUAUUCUGGGUGUAGUAGGUGGUACCCUGAAAGACUUUCUGAACAGCUUCAGCACCCUUCUGAAGCAGAGCAGCCACUGCCAAGAUGCAGAGAAGAUGGGCAGGCUAGAAGAUGCCUCUAUCCUCUGCCUGGAUAAAGAUCAUGAGUUCUUAAAUGUUUACUAUUUCUUCCCCAAAAGGAUCACAUCCCUCAUUCUCCCAGGCAUCAUUAAGGCUGCUGCCCAUAUAUUGUAUGAAAGUGAAGUGGACGUGUCCCUCAUGCCUCCAUGCUUCCGAAGCGACUGCACAGAAUUUGUCAAUCAGCCCUAUUUGCUGUACUCUGUUCAUGUGAAAAGCAUCAAGCCAUCCUUGUCUCCAGGCAAACCCCAGUCCUCACUGGUGAUUCCCACAUCACUCUUCUGCAAGACAUUCCCAUUCCACUUCAUGUUUGACCGAGACCUGACCAUCCUUCAACUUGGGAAUGGCAUCAGAAGGCUACUCAACAAGAGGGACUUGCAAGGGAAGCCAAGCUUUGAAGAAUACUUUGAUAUUCUGACUCCCAGAAUCAAUCAAACCUUUAGUGGGAUCAUGACAAUGUUGAAUAUGCAGUUUGUCAUACGAGUGAGAAGAUGGGAUAACUCUGUGAAGAAAUCUUCCAGGGUUAUGGAUCUCAAAGGCCAAAUGAUUUACAUUGUUGAAUCCAGUGCCAUUUUGUUCUUGGGGUCACCCUGUGUGGACAGAUUAGAAGAUUUCACAGGACGCGGCCUCUACCUGUCUGACAUCCCAAUUCAUAAUGCAUUAAGAGAUGUGGUCUUGAUAGGUGAACAAGCUCGAGCUCAAGAUGGCUUGAAGAAGAGGCUGGGGAAACUGAAGGCAACUCUUGAACAUGCCCACCAAGCCCUGGAAGAGGAGAAGAAAAAGACAGUCGAUCUGCUGUGUUCCAUCUUUCCCUGUGAGGUGGCUCAACAGCUGUGGCAAGGACAAGUUGUGCAAGCCAAGAAGUUCAAUAAUGUCACCAUGCUUUUCUCGGACAUCGUGGGGUUCACUGCCAUCUGUUCUCAGUGCUCGCCACUGCAAGUCAUCACCAUGCUCAAUGAGCUGUACACUCGCUUUGAUCAGCAGUGUGGAGAGCUGGAUGUCUACAAGGUGGAGACCAUUGGUGAUGCGUAUUGUGUUGCUGGGGGAUUACAUAGAGAGAGUGAUACCCAUGCUGUCCAGAUUGCCCUGAUGGCCCUGAAGAUGAUGGAGCUCUCUGAUGAAGUCAUGUCUCCCCAUGGAGAGCCUAUUAAGAUGCGAAUUGGACUGCAUUCUGGAUCCGUUUUUGCAGGAGUUGUUGGAGUUAAAAUGCCUCGUUACUGUCUUUUUGGAAAUAAUGUCACCCUGGCUAACAAGUUUGAGUCCUGCAGUGUGCCAAGGAAAAUCAAUGUCAGUCCAACAACUUACAGAUUGCUCAAAGACUGCCCUGGCUUUGUGUUUACCCCUCGGUCAAGGGAAGAGCUUCCACCAAAUUUCCCCAGUGAAAUUCCUGGAAUCUGCCAUUUUCUGGAUGCUUAUCAAGAAGGAACAGAAUCAAAACCAUCCUUCCAAAAGAACAACAUUGAAUAUAGCAAUGCCAACUUUUUAGGUAAAGCUUCAGGGAUAGAUUAGUGAGGCAGAUAUUUGUUUCCUUGUAUUUGGGGUUUGACUCCUAUGAGGAUGUAUGGGACCUCUGAAAGCACUUUAACAUUCAGAAGGUUAAAAGAGCAGUAUUAAAGUUUCAGGAGUUAAGUCACAAUCUACUCUUCAGUGUAACAUGACAAUGACAUAAUCACUCAGUACUUUAAAGAAAACAAACCUCAAAGUGUGACUUUGGGGGAAUGUUUCUCUAUACGGUCACUAACUUCCAGCACCUAAAAUUCAGCACUUUGUACAUAUACCAAUUAUUGUACUCACAUGUAUAGAGCAAUGGAGUCCCCUGCUGGCAUCUGCCUUGGGAAAAGCUCCUGGAUUUAACGUGUGUUUGUGAUAGUGUCACCUUAAUAAAAGCUUUUGAUUAGUGACU